AGCUUUGAAAGUCGUUACACAAAAGGAAGGGUUUGCAGGUGACAUACGAUCACACUCUUCGGGUUUGUGUGUUUGUAGCUGGAUUUACUCGGCUGAAUCCGGAGGAUCGAUCAAAUUGAUGUGCGUCUGUGGUGAUGUUCACGAGAUUGCCACG